CAUGUUCACACAGUAAACAUGGCGGAGACUGAGCAGCCGUCAGGCUCCUCUCAUGAGGAUGACAAGCCUCCCAAUCCUAUCAGUUUCAACUUCAUGGUGCCAAAGAAGGAGAUCAGCAUGGUGCCUGAUAUGGGCAAAUGGAAAAGAUCACAGGCAUAUGCAGACUACAUGGGGUUCGUUCUGACCCUGAAUGAGGGCGUGAAGGGAAAGAAACUUACCUGUGAAUACCAGGUGUCUGAGACAGUGGAGAAGUUGCUUGCUAUGUUGGCAACAUUAGAUCGCUGGAUCGACGAGACGCCACCAGUCGACCAGCCUUCCCGCUUCGGCAAUAAAGCUUACCGUACAUGGUAUGCUAAACUAGACCAAGAAGCAGAGGCUCUGGUCACAGCCGUUCUGCCAUCAGAGCGUCAUGAUGCUGCUCCAGAGAUCGCUGUCUACCUGAAAGAGUCUGUGGGUAACUCCACCAGGAUUGACUACGGCACAGGUCAUGAGGCGGCAUUUGCUGCGUUCCUCUGCUGUCUUUGUAAGGUGGGAGCGCUGCGCAUGGAGGACCAGCUGGCCAUCAUAUUUAAAGUUUUUGACAAAUAUCUGCGAGUGAUGCGCAAACUGCAGAAGACGUAUAGGAUGGAGCCAGCAGGGAGUCAGGGAGUGUGGGGUCUUGACGACUUUCAAUUCCUUCCCUUCAUAUGGGGGAGCUCACAGCUCAUAGACCACCCAACCCUGGAGCCCAGACACUUUGUGGAGGAGAAGGUUGUAAACGAGCACCACCAAGACUACAUGUUUCUGGAGUGCAUUAAAUUCAUCAAUGAGAUGAAAACCGGCCCUUUUGCUGAGCACUCGAAUCAGCUUUGGAACAUCAGCGCAGUUCCUUCCUGGUCCAAAGUAAAUCAAGGCCUCAUACGAAUGUAUAAAGCGGAAUGUCUAGAAAAAUUCCCCGUCAUCCAGCAUUUCAAGUUUGGCAGCCUGCUCUCCAUCCAGCCAGUCAAACCGUGACGAGAGACGAGAAAAAGAAUUUGCGGCUCAUCGCAGAUCGCAACCAAACUUCAACUUCACUUCAGUUCCAGUUAACAAACCCAAAUAUGCAUUCUCAUCACCAGAGGUGCUUGGCCUUUCUCCUGAAGAUCUACUUUCCUGGAGAGUUCGGUCCUAAACCUGCUCUAAUACAUUCGACCUAAAAGAUUUCAGUGAACCCCCGAAGACCUAGAUUAGCAGGUUCAGGUGUGUAUUUGAGUAGAGUUGAGCUAAACUCUUAGAACGGUAGAUCUUAACAGCCCUGCUCUUCACAAUCUACUAGUUCUGCAUAUGAAACGCCACCUCUGAUAUUCCUCUUUAAGUGACGCAAUUUGUCUGUAUGGUUUUAUUUCUCUUUUCCCGGCAAGCAGGAAGUUGAACUGCUGCUUAGACACCUGCAGUGAGCACUCUCAACGCAGUUAUGCACAUACAUUUUCGUCUGGAUUGGCAUUUAUAUUUAUUUAUGUGUAUAUAAAGAAAGAGCUUGUCACGAUGAACGGUUGAAGGCUUGGUUUUGGUUUAAUAGAUUCUAUUUCCUGUGUGCAAAGAUCUGAAGCCAAUGAACAAUAAUGUGUGUGUGCGCGCGUGGGUGGGUGUUUGUGAGUUCAUGGAGCAUCAGUGUCUCAAAAGGCACUUGUAGUGAACAUCUUGCUGUUCAUUCAUCAAAGAUUGCCGAGGCAUGCGGUGUCGUGAAUGGUUUUGAUAAGUGUCAUUUUUACCUAUGUGAGACAUUAAUAAGUUGUCAACCACUUUAGUUUUA